AUGCUUUGGUCACGUGGUCAGGUCCAAUACAAAGCAACAUGGCGGCCAUUGGUGCCGUCUGUGAAGUAUUUCUGUUCUGGACAGAGCUGGGUUAGGACAUAUCCAGCUCUGUCUUCUUCUGGCAUGCCUCUGGCAAUCAAUAACUGUACCAAUCCUAUUUAUUCAUACUCUCAUCUUCCUCACGCACCAACAAUACUCAAUUCCUUGUUGUCUCUUAAUCUCCUUUCUCUUCCAAGUGUCUCACAUGUCUUACAGCUGCUUUACACUAUGGACCAAUAUCAUACCAUUAAGCAGCUUGGAGAUGGCACUUAUGGCAGUGUUAUACUGGCUCGGAAGCAAGACACAUCACAAUUGGUAGCAAUUAAAAGAAUGAAAAAGAAGUUCUACAAUUGGGAAGAAUGUGUCAAUCUAAGAGAAGUAAAGUCAUUACGAAAACUGAAUCAUCCAAAUAUCGUCAAGCUGAAGGAAGUGGUGCGAGAAAAUGAUCAACUUUAUUUUGUAUUUGAAUACAUGAAAGAAAAUUUAUAUCAAAUGUUGAAAGACAGAGACAGAUUUUUGUCCGAUUCUGUAGUGAGAAAUAUUAUUUACCAAGUUCUUCAAGGCCUUGCUUUUAUGCACAAGAAUGGUUUUUUUCAUCGAGAUUUGAAACCUGAAAAUUUACUUUGCACUGGACCAGACUUGGUGAAAAUUGCUGAUUUUGGUUUGGCAAGGGAAACUCGUUCACAACCGCCUUACACAGAUUAUGUAUCCACAAGAUGGUACCGUGCUCCAGAAGUUCUACUACGAGCAACUAACUACAGCUCCCCCAUUGACUUGUGGGCCGUCGGUUGUAUUAUGGCUGAGGUUUAUACACUACGGCCCUUGUUUCCAGGCAGUUCAGAAAUUGAUCAGAUUUUCAAAAUAUGUUCCAUUCUCGGUACACCACACAGGAAAGACUGGGAAGAUGGUUACCGACUUGCUGCAGCUAUGAAUUUCCGCUGGCCACAAUGCAUUGCAACAAAUUUGAAAACAGCUGUGCCCAAUGCCAGCAGUGAAGGUCUUAAUGUAAUGAAAGAUUUGAUUCAGUGGAACCCAAAAGACCGUCCCACUGCCAUUCAAGCUUUGAGAUACAGUUUCUUCCAAGUCGGGGCCAAUUUAAGUAGUGCCAAACAACAGCAGACAUCAGUGAAUAACGUGUCCCUUCCUUAUCCUGCCAUUGGCCCUUUGGAACCAACCAGCAAUUAUUAUACUCAUCCACAAACAAAGCCAUUAGCUGAGAAUCGAGCCACCAACAUCCUGCCCUCUCUGAUGAGUGCAAAUAAAAUAAAACAAACAAACCAUGAAACAAAGGAACCAUCCCGAUUAUUACAAACCAAAAAACCAAGUGCCCGGAAACGUUGGGGUCUGGAUUUAUCAUGGGAUGAUUUUGAUGAUUUUGAUUUUGCUGAUCACCAGAAAAGGAAUCAAACCAUUCCAUCAUUUUUGAAAGAAAAUAAAAAUGAUGGUAACGACAAAUUAUUUGAUGAGGAUGAUGCUGAUGAUGAUUUCACAAGUUUCCUUAAAAUUAAGGCCAAUCCUCACCCAAAAGCGGCUGACAACAAUCGACGGAACUCUGGUCAGCAGACCAGUCGGUCAUCUGCCAAACAGUAUUACCUUGGCAAGGCACGAUAUGUUCCAGGAAUGAAUCCAACAGCAGGAAUAACACGGAAAGAUAAUGUGUCAUUGUGGAAUCCAAAACCAUACAACAUUUCUCGAAACAAUAAUCCAGAUUAUGGCUGGAAGCGUGCACCAGCCCCACUGUCUUUAGGCAAGAAUUCUGCCACCUAUCGGCCUUCUGUUGGAGCCACAAUACACGGGCGCACAGAUUGGGGAGCCAAGUAUCUAAAGUCAUGA